AUGUCUAUUGCUGAACAAUUGCAGUCUCAGAUGCACACUGUCAUUGCUGAAUAUGGAGACAACUUAGAUGAUGAGAUCAAUAAUGAAAAGGGUGCUGAUGAAGUGGGCAAUGUGCUAGCUAUCAUCAGUGAUCUCUGGGGGACAGAGCAUGCUUUAUCAAAUUUCUUCAAGAAGGCACAGCUUUCCUCAUUGUCCAUCACAGCACCCAGAUCACUCUGCACAUUUGUCAUUGGCUCUACUGCCAUACAUCUCAAUUUUGACUCCUCAUUGCAAUGUCAAGCUAUCGACAAUGUUGCUGAGAAGUUCUGUUUGCCUGACUUCCUUUCAUUCAAGCAUCUUGAUAUCUGGUUUAAAAAUUUGGCUUAUUUUAUAUUAAUCUGGAACAGUGUGAGGGUGCAUUGCAGAUCCUGCAGCUUGGUAUUUAUUGAGUUUAUUGUGCUUGAUUUAAAAGUUGAUUCAUACCUUGGGCUUUAUUUGACAACCAAAGGUGCGGGAUGCCAGCCUCCAGACAGAAUUCAAAAAGUCUCAGAGACCAUUAGGGUAGAAGUCAAAAUGACCAUGAGUGUGCCUCACCAAAUCACAAUGAAGGCUUCAGUUCAGGGUUCAGAACAGUUUGGGAAGGUCUAG